CUCUUUCUUCUUUCUUCUUCUUCUGAUAAUUGAUAAACCUCCACAACAAAGGCUAAAGAAUAUCUCUGAAGGAGCAAGAGCAGCGCCAAAAAAGAUAGAAACGACAUGGCCCACGGUGGCUAUGGUAAACGGCGCGUGGCGGAAGGGAAUCGCGUCGGUCGGCGAUCAAAGGGACCUAGCGUAGACAAGAAACCGAAGCCAAAAGCCGUUUCUCUCAAGAACCAGAUACGCUCCAUUGAACGUAUGCUGCGAAAGGAUCUUCCUCCUGAGGUUAGAGAAGCUCAAGAAAAUAAGUUAGAAGGGUUUAAGAAACAACAAGAAAUCCAUACCCGACUCGCUGUGGAACGGAAUAUAUUCUUGAGGGACAGAAAGAUUAAGUUUUUUGAGAGAAGAAAGAUAGAAAGGAGGAUUCGACGAUUGGAGAAGCUGCAACGAUCUUCUUCCGGUCAGGCACAAGACACGGUGAUUGCUGACCUGCUAUCUAAACUGAAAGAGGAUCUUGAAUAUGUUAGGUUUUUCCCCAAGACCGAGAAAUACAUAUCUUUAUUUAUGGGAUGCGAUGAUUCUGACAUAGUUGAAAGGAGAAAUAGAUUGCGAACGCAGAUAAAAGCCAACUCAAUUGCUGCUGCUGCCAGUGGGAAAGAUAUGGAAGAGACAGGGAGUGAGGAUGAUGGGCUGAUGGAUUUGAGUGAUGAUGAUUUCUUCUUAAAUGGAUCUUCAAGUGAUGAAGUUGACGCAGAUGAUGAGUGGACGGAUAAAAGUACCAGGGAACAGGCUUCUAGUGCUUCCGGAAAAGCAGCAUCUGGCAUGUCUAGCGAUGAAAGGAACCAGAGACAGGUUUCUGCCAGAGCUUUAAUGCCACCUCCAAGGCCAUCAUCGAAUUCUUUUUCAAAUUCAGUAGCUGCAAAAUCAAGGUUUGGAUUUUCACCCAUGCAAAGAGCUGAAAUGUCCGCAUCUAGCAACACAUCAAAUAGCCGAAGUGGUUCUUCCUUUAAGGCUGGGGAAUCCUCAAAUUCAAAGACAGGAAACAAUAGUAAUUUAAGUUCCAAUUCUGAUGCUCGUAAACCACGAAGAAAGAGGAGACCAAAAAAGAGAAAGCAGCAGGGAUGAAGUAAACUCGGCUAUGGUAUCCAUGAUAACCAAUUGGUAUUAGACACAGAUCUAUCAUGAGAUCCCAGUAAUUUUUGUAAGUAUUAUGUUAUUGGCACUGCUUGAAAAAUAGUUUUAAUUAUUGU